CAAGUUGAGACCAGCGACAUGCUCAUCAACCCCAACAGCAACAUAACCAACAUCAAGUUCCCCACCAAGCAAGACGCUGAGUCCUUCCGCGCGAGUACCGCUUCGGCCUUCCUGGGUGUCGUCAUUUGUCUGGCUCCCUCUAUCCCAACCUCCCUUUCCGCCCCCAUACCCCCACCAACCCCAAUCGGCCGGUUGAGUCUGAGCGCCCAGGCGCCUCAUACCCAACACCACCGCAACACUGAAUUGGGCCUUGACAUCUUACCUCUGUAUCAAGGCAAGGGAUACGGUCGCGAAGCGAUCAAUUGGGCUCUUAAUUACGCUUUCAAACGGGCGGGGUUCCACAAGGUGAGGAUCCGAGCGUUUGAAUGGAACGAGGGUGCAGUCAGACUGUAUGAGAGGGUCGGGUUCAAGCAUGAAGGAAGGGAGCGCGAGUCUAUUUGGCAUGAGGGUCGUUUCUGGGAUUCGAUUGAGAUGGGAAUGAUUGAUCGGGAAUGGUGGGAACUGCGGAGACAGGAAGCCGAGCAGGAGAAAAAAGAGAGUGAAGCUGUCAUCUAGAGGUGGUCGUAUUAUGUACAUAUCAUGUUAGAUUUAGUAGAUUCCAUGUUCCUAUACUGUGGAUAGACUUGGCCAGACUUGAGCAAGUGACACCUGAUACACAUAAUGUCAUUAUAAACUCCUCAGGAGAGUAGUGUGAAGCUUGAUUGAACUCGACUUAUCAUCCUUCUCUCUUCUUGUUUCCCCCAUUUUCUUAUUAAUGUCUGUCGUUCCAUUUCGAAUCCGUAGUCGCUCGUCUUCAUUAUUCCCAUUCGUUCAAAUUUCUUCCCAUUUUCCGCAUCGCCCACCUAGCCCCAUGCAUAAAAUGCUCUUAGAACAACCCCCCAACACUUCAUCACCAACCCCAUCACUCCACAACCCAACACCUCUUCAAUUCCCCAAGAAUCACCGUCUUCAUCGGCUACACGGCACCAAACGCAACAGAACAACAACAAAUAAAUACCAAGUCCCCAAACAGACGACAACAAAAUGAAACACGAUCCAGAGGAAACCAAGAAACACGCACAAACAAGCAAGUUCCCAACUCACCCCUCGCCGUACAGAAACUUCUUCCUUGCACCCAAACGCCUCGCAGAUAUCGUCUCUUCCUUUCCAGAGUCCGCCUCCUUCUCUUAAGUCGUCUUCGUCGUCGCAGAGGUCCGCGCACGUCGUGCACUCGACACCGCUGAUGGGGGAAUGGAGGUAUGUCUCCGUGUCUGUGGUUUGAGGGACGUAGAUGCUGAUUAGGAUUAUGGCGGCGGGGACGAGGAGAAUGGCGAGGGUGGCUAGCGUGGCGAUGAAGAAGAUGCGGGUGUUCGACAUGGUUGGGUUAUUUUGGUUUCGGGUAUGUGGUUGGGGUGGGAAUUGGGAGAUGGGAUGUCCAGUGAUAGUUGUAUUCUUGGGAGAUGGUAAGGACAUGGUGGGGAAUUGAUUUUUUUUUGGAAUGGAUGGGCGGAUGACGAUGGUACGGUGGGGAUUAGGAGGGGGUUGGAUUGCGGGUAGAGUGUGACGUGGAGAUUGGCGGAUGAUGGGAGAUGGGGAGAAGCCCAAGGUAGAUACAUUGACAGGUCUGCGGUAGCGCGGGAGAGAGGGGGUGGGAGUAUG